CCUGUACUGUGUCCGCAGUCUCUGGUCAUCUCCUGUACUGUGUCCGCAGUCUCUGGUCAUCUCCUGUACUGUGUCCGCAGUCUCUGGUCAUCUCCUGUACUGUGUCCGCAGUCUCUGGUCAUCUCCUGUACUGUGUCCGCAGUCUCUGGUCAUCUCCUGUACUGUCCGCAGUCUCUGGUCAUCUCCUGUACUACGUCCGCAGUCUCUGGUCAUCUCCUGUACUGUGUCCGCAGUCUCUGGUCAUCUCCUGUACUAUGUCCGCAGUCUCUGGUCAUCUCCUGUACUAUGUCCGCAGUCUCUGGUCAUCUCCUGUACUAUGUCCGCAGUCUCUGGUCAUCUCCUGUACUAUGUCCGCAGUCUCUGGUCAUCUCCUGUACUGUGUCCUCAGUCUCUGGUCAUCUCCUGUACUAUGUCCGCAGUCUCUGGUCAUCUCCUGUACUAUGUCUGCAGUCCAUUGGU